GCAAACUCAAAGACAAAAGUACCAGCUGACAGCUGUAAGGCGGUUUAAGUUGGCUGUGGUCACGUGACCGAAAUGCUGUCAAAUGCAACGGUGAGGAAUUGAAAGAGCAUCUUGAACGUAAAGAAGUAAAAAAAAACUUAUCCGGACCCCAGUUUAAAUUGAAGUGAAUCGCGUCAAGUAGUAAAGAAAAUGGAAAUUAGGAAACUGAUAGAGCUGCUGAGGGCAACCAUCGACCCGAAUCAAAGACAACAGGCCGAAGCGGAGCUAGACAAGAUUCACAAAAUAAUAGGCUUCGCGCCGAGCCUGCUGCAAGUGGUCAUGCUGGGCGAGUGCGACAUGCCGGUGCGCCAAGCCGGCGCCAUCUACCUGAAAAAUUUGGUAUCGCAAAACUGGCACGACCGCGAACCGGAACCGGGCGAGGUGCAAGCGUUCGCGUUGCACGAACAAGACCGAGCCCUGAUUCGCGAACAGAUCGUCGACGCGGUCGUGCACGCGCCAGAACUGAUACGCACGCAGCUAUGCACGUGCGUAAACAACAUGGUCAAACAUGAUUUUCCAGGAAGGUGGACGCAAAUCGUAGACAAGAUUAGCGUGUAUCUUUCGAAUCCUGACCCUGCCGGUUGGCAUGGCGCCUUCCUGUGCCUCUAUCAGUUGGUAAAAAAUUUCGAGUAUCGUAAAGUUGAGGAAAGGGCGCCCCUGCACGAGGCUAUGAACCUGUUGCUGCCUCAGUUGUAUCAGUUGGAGGUGAGACUGUUGCCGGACCCGUCUGAACAGUCGGUGCUUUUGCAAAAGGAAGGGCUUAAGAUUUAUUUCGCUCUCACACAAUACGUUUUACCGUUGGACUUGAUAACUAAAGAGGCUUUUGCUCAGUGGAUGGAAAUUUGCAGACAGGUUGUAGAGCGCGCGGUGCCUCCGGCCGCGUUGCAGCCGGACGAGGACGAGCGGCCCGAUUUGCCGUGGUGGAAAUGCAAAAAGUGGGCCCUGCACAUCCUGUUCAGGAUGUUCGAACGUUACGGCUCGCCCGGACACGUCACGAAGGAAUACGCCAAGUUCGCCGAAUGGUACCUGCAAACGUUCAGCAACGGCGUUAUCGAGGUGCUGUUGCGGCUGUUGGACGGCUACAGGGGCGGCCAGUGGGCCCCGCCGAGGGUCUUGCAGCAAACCAUCAACUAUCUUAACCAGGGCGUGUCGCACGCGUACACCUGGCGUAUAUUGAAGCCGCACAUGCUCGCCAUAGUGCGCGACGUGCUCUUCCCUCUCAUGAGUUAUUCCGCAGAGGAUCACGAAUUGUGGACCGUCGAUCCGCAUGAAUACAUCAGAGUUAAGUUCGACGUAUUCGAGGACUUCGUAUCUCCCGUAUCGGCCGCCCAAACCCUCCUGCAUUCCUGCUGCCGCAAGCGCAAAGAGAUGCUCCAGAAAACGAUGAUAUUCCUCACGCAGGUGCUGACGAACCCUGCCACCGAACCGCCGCAGAAAGACGGCGCCCUGCACAUGGUCGGCUCGCUGGCCGACAUACUGCUCAAAAAGAAGGAGCUCAAAGAGCAACUCGACCAGCUGUUCUUGAAGUACGUUUUCCCGGAGUUCCAGAGCGACCGCGGCCACAUGAGGGCGCGCGCCUGCUGGGUGCUCCACUACUUCGCCGAGUUCCCCUUCAAGCAGGAGCAGGUGCUGGUGGAGGCGGUCAACUUGACCACGCACGCCUUGAGAUUCGACAAGGAUUUGCCCGUCAAAGUGGAGGCGGCCAUCGCGCUGCAGUCGCUGCUCAACUAUCAGCAGAGGUCGCACAAGUACCUCGAAGCGCAGGUCAAGGAGAUCGCUUUGGAGCUGCUGACCAUCAUCAGGGAAACGGAGAACGAAGACGUGACCGGGGUGAUGCAGAAGUUGGUGUGCGUGUUCACGCAUCAGUUGGCCCCCAUCGCGGUGGAAAUUUGCCAGCAUCUCGCGAACACGUUCGUGCAAGUUUUGGAUACCGACGAAGGUUCCGAUGAGAAGGCGAUCGCCGCCAUGGGGUUGCUGAACACCAUCGAAACCAUCUUGACGGUCAUGGAGGAACAGCCCGAGGUCAUACAGCUGUUGGAACCCAUCGUGCUACAGGUAAUUGCGCACGUGUUGCAACACGAACUGCAAGAAUUCUACGAGGAGGUGCUCGACUUAAUCUACGAUUUAACCAGCAAGCAAGUGUCGCCCGACAUGUGGAAGGUGUUCGAGCUGAUGUACCAAGUGUUCAUGAAAAACGGCAUCGACCAUUUUACCGACAUGAUGCCCGCUCUGCACAACUACGUGACCGUCGACACCGACUCGUUCCUCUCGAACGAGCAACGUCUCCUGGCCAUCUACAACAUGUGCAAGGAAAUUUUGAGCAAGGAUUGCGGCGAGGAUCCGGAAUCGCACGCUGCCAAACUUUUGGAGAUUGUUUUGUUGCAGUGCAGGAAGAAGAUCGACAGUGCUGCCCCCAUGCUUGUGGAACUUGCCGCCAGCAGACUACUCAGGAAAGUAAACACUAGCGAAUUAAGAACGAUGUGCCUGCAAGUCUUAAUAGCGGCCUUGUAUUACGAUCCCGAAUUGUUGUUCACCGUUUUGCAAAAAAUGCCCGAUUUCACUAACCACUUCAUUAAGCAGUGGUUGCACGAUGCCGACUGCUUUUUGGGUAUUCACGACAGAAAAUUAUGCGUAUUAGGCCUGUGUACUUUAAUCAGUUUGCCCACCAAACCGCCGACUUUAAUAGAGAUGGCGCCCAAAGUUGUUCCUAGUUUGAUACUUUUGUUCGAAGGCCUCAAGAGGGCGUACGCUGCGAAAGCGGCAGAAGCUGCCGAAGAGGAGGAAAGCGAAAGCUCGGAGGGGGAAAUCGACGGAGCAGCGGAAAUGCUGAGCUCGGACGAGGACGAGAUCGACGACCAGGGCCAGGACUACCUCGAAAACCUGUCGCGCGCCGUUCAAAGCCAAAACGCGGCCGUGGCCGGGGGCCAGCCGGGCAUGCAGGUCCAAGCGACCAUCAACGACAUCGACGACAACGAGGAGGAAGAAGACUCGGACUACGAGCCCAGCGAAGAAACCGUCCUCGAAGCUUACACAACGCCUUUGGACGGCGAAGAUUGCGAAGUCGACGAGUAUUUGGCCUUCAAGCAAGUUAUGAGCGGCAUUCAAACUGCUGAACCUGAGUGGUACAAUGCUUUAACUUCAAGAUUAACAGAAGAACAAGUGAAAAGUCUAGGUGAAAUUGUGGUUUUGGCCGAUCAAAGGGCAGCUGCCAAAGAGAGUAAAAGAAUUCAGCAACAAGGUGGAUAUAUGUUUACAGUUCAGCCAGUCCCAUCAAGUUUCAGAUUUGGCGAGGGUGGAAAUUCAUGAAUAAUAAAAAAUGUUUUGUAAACGUGUGUGUAUUUAUUUGUGACUAUAUACUUAUUAUGGAUUGACUCAUUGUAUAAAAUUUAAUUAAUAAUAAUGAUAACAAUGCGGCGUCGCAACUGACCAGUGCAAAGUGAUUUGUUUGUACAGUUUUUUUUAUUGCGGAUGUCAUCAUUUUAUUUUUGAUUAAGUGCCUUUUAAUUAAAUUGAGAAAUAAUUGUACGUAAUAUAUACUUUAACUUAUUAUACAUACAUUUUACACAACAUAACUGUGUAUGCUUUAGUUAGGUAUUUUAUUAUUGUUAUUAUUAUUAUUGGCAUGUUUGUUUUUAGUCUCUUUGUUUUUCUUUAUUAUAUUUCAGCUUUUUUAUUAUUUCAAUGAAAUAAUGUUAUAUCUAUAAAAUACUUUUUUGUUGUAAAUAUAGACCAAACAUUCAAACUAAAUGCCUAGGUAUUAUUAUUUUUACAGGCAUUUCACCAAACUUUUACACCAAAUUAUCUUUUUUUGUUUUAUUUUACACUCAAAGUGUAACUUGACCUGUUGAUUUCUUAAAUUUAUGUAAAUAUGCAUGUUUAUCUUCAUUGAAGGAAAUGGCUGUUUUUUGUUACUCUCUAUAUCUAUUUAAGACUUCAAAAGUAAUUAAUUAGCAUUUUAAUAAAUAUUUUGCUUUCAA